CCACCUCCUCCUCCGCGCCCUGGGCCAUGGGGGCGGCUGCCGGCGCGGACGCCCGGGAAGGGGUAGCGCCUCCGCUGGACCCCGGGCGCAGUCUGCCUCUGCCCCUGCCCCGGGGGGGCGGGAGCCCUGCGGCGUCCCAGGACAAGCUCUUCUUAAUCAAAGGUGGAAUUUUUCUAGGUACUGUUGCUACAGCAGGAAUGAUAGCAGGUUUUGGCACCACACUUGCCAUGACAAAAAAGAAGAACCCAGACUGGUUCAGUAAGGGGAUUACUGCCACCGCUGCAUUACCAGAGAGCGGUUCAUCACUGGCCUUACGAGCCCUAGGAUGGGGCUCACUCUACGCGUGGUGUGGAGUUGGAUUGCUCAGUUUUGCCAUCUGGAAGGCUCUGGGUGUGCACAGUAUGAAAGAAUUCCAAACUAAAAUGCAAUCAAUGUUUCCAGCAAUUCCUAAAAAUACUGAGUCCACUGUUGAAUGGGAAGACCUACUUAAAUCCAAGUGAAAGACUCAGAGCCAUUUGGAAGUGUCUUUUUUCAGCAAGAACAGGAGUGGAAGUAGCAGAAGUGUCCCAUCCGAAAAAUAGAGAAGAAAACUCAGACUGAGCAAGUUACUGACUGAGUUCACUGAACCUGUGGAUGCCAGUUAACAUCUAGCAGCAAGGGAAUUCAAAACAAAACAAAGCAAAACAAUUUAUAUUUUACUUUUCAGCGUGCUUGGUAUAGUUCAUUUGUGAGGAAAUGAACCCUCUAAGAUAAGUCGGAUCCAGCUUGAAAAAAGACUCUAUUUUAUGAAGACUUAACGAAGAAACCAAUCUUCAGUAGUAAAUAUAAGGACAAAACGGCAAUGAACUUUUAUCCCAUCCUGUGUCUUAAGAGGAAUUUUAGGAAAUUUCUCCAGAAAACAAAGAACAGUACUUUCAGUGACAUGUCCCAUUAGGAAUGUAACCAUCAAGUCAAUUGUGACAGAUCUGUUACUGAGCCUGAAGGUAAAGCAUACAGUGCACUCUUCUAAAAAUAAAGGAGAUAUUUAAAUUUGCAAGAGAAAGUAUCUAAACCAAACUAUUUUUAUAUGUCUGAAGGGAAAGUUUAAAACAUCCCAUAUGCAAAUAGUGACCUACUGGGCUCCUUUGUAGAGCAUCAGAAGAGAUCUCUACAAAGUGCACUGUUUUCUCAGUAUUAGCUUUUUUUAUUAGAUCCCACAAUAGUGAAUCUGAGAGUUUGCAUAAGUGUCUCUACUAUAUUUGUAUAGCCGUUUAAGUUGUAAAUGAAAAAGGUAUAAAAUAGUGAGACACCCAGUCUGUCCUACAUGAAUAUUUUCAGCUAAGGAAGUGUAUGGGCAGGGCUAGUUUUUUUGUAUUUCAGUAGUUUCUGUGGCUCUUCUACCAGGAGAAGCAAUAUGACAUUUCCCACACUGCAGUAAUCUCGUGAAGUGUGGGCGUAAACUAGGAAGAAUAAUGCCUUACUCAAACAUUAUAUUUGCAGAACUGUAGAUCUGUAAAAAUCCAGAAGUAAAAAAAAAAAAAAAGCUAUCAGUGAACAAUCCUUUGUUGAAUGCUCAAUUAUCAGAUUUUUUUAUUAAUUGCACACAGUCCAAUUAGUCAGUUGUCAGAUUUAAUAAAGUCCUCUUAAAACCUGUCUUUUGUGAUUAAGUCUUUAUAUUCCAAGGAAAGAACAUAAAAAAAAGCUUUAAAUGUCAGAUGAAUAAUAGAGAAGUAUGGUUUUCCUAUGAAACAUGACAGCACUAAAAUAGUAUCUUUAAAGCAAUUGAAGCGUAAUAGUUGACAUCUUUUCCAUAGCUUGAUGCUUGUAAUCCAAUAUUAAAUAAAUUGUGGUGA